AUGACACUCUUAAGAAUUCGUGAACUGUGCCUCAUGCAUCAAUGUGCUUACGUGUCCGGGGCCCCCGAUUGGGAAUGUCAUCUAGCCGAAAUUGUUUGCACAGUCAAGUUGAUUAGUAUUGGUCUGAAUCGUUAUGACUCUUUGAUCGAUCUAGAUUUAGACGUAUCGAGCCCAGAUUUGGUUCGAUGGAUCCUGGUCGAUGUGGACGAUGUCUUUUUGCACGGAUCCGGAGUCGACUUCACUGUGCAAGAUGCGGUGGCAAGUCGUGUCUUCCUCUAA